AUGGCGGAGAACUUUACAAACUUCGUGAGGCUAAGAGGGAACAAUAUAGCCGGAUUUGGACUAGUGUUGAGAGAUUCGACGCAAUUGGAUUCGAGCGUGACGAGUGAGUCAUAUCUCACAUCAGUGACGCAAGGCACCAUCACAGUCAUUGGCGGUGUCUCGCACACUUUUGCAGUUCUCAUUCUUGGUCAGAAAUCAAAGGAGGUGGCGGUCUGUGAGAUCGCCGGAACUUCAUCUACCGGUGUUUGUAAGGCCGAGACAAAGCUGAUUCAUAUACAACCACUGACGGAGACUGAAAUUACUGAUGAUAGAACCAAAUCUCGUAAAAAACCCUAA